CACGACCCUCAUAGGACAAAGUUCCCAUUCUCGAUGACCUGUCUGGCCAUCCACCUCUGAAAUUCCAGCUCCGGCGAACGGCGACGCCGCCCCAUCGGCUCGACCCACUUCCUUCAACAGCAUCGCUCGGCUUCCAGACCCAGAAAAAAGGGAAGAAAGAUGGAAGUGGGCAUGUCCCUGAACGCCAUGGUCCGCCUUCCCCUGACGAGCUCUCGAGCCCACGACGACUCCCUCGGGCUGGCCAGGCACUCCGUCUCCACCACCUCCCGCCCCGCCCACGGCCACGCGCCGCGGCGGAGGGGCCAGCCGUCGCUGGUGGUGGAGGCCAAGGGCAAGCGGGGCAUGCAGUCCCGUCAGUUCCAGAGGCCCCCGCCUCCUCCCCUGCCCAAGAUCGAGGACGACGGCAACCCCAGAUUCGUCAUCUUCAUUCGGAUGGCCAAUGUUUAUCUUUGGUACCCACUUAGUAUGAUAACUGGCGGCACCACUGCCAAGAUUAUGGUGGCGGCGAAAGAUAAUUUCCUGGGGAAGUACAUUUACAAGGACACUCUCGCCAGAAACCUUGCUGCUGUUAUUUACAGAGAUGAGAAGGAGAUUCAGAAGACUGCAAUCAAGCAACAUCGUGUCCUAAGGACGGCCACUGAGUUCAGAUAUGGCUACAAGCUUGUGGAAAAUGGUAAUGUGCGAGCAGCACUUUCAACCACAGAUGUCAUUGAGCUUCCAACACAAGACCAGCUGAAGACUGUGCUCGAUAAAGUAAAGGACUUCUUUGGGGAUGCUAAGGAAUCGUUUGGGAAACUCACGGCCUUAAAUUCAACCACAAGUGAGGAGUCCAAGUCAGAGGAAAGCUCUAAAGAAAAAGAGAAGGUUAAAAGCUGAGAUAAAGAAAUGAAUCCCUGGAAUGUGGCUGCUUUGUUUGUUUGAGAUGGAGGUUGCUGAAGGGAUUACACAGAUUCUGGCGAAGUAAGGCAUACGUAUUAAAUUUCUCUGCACAGUUCAGCUUUGUGAAAUUUUUGGAAAUUUCUGUCAACCUGACUGGAUUUGCUUUAGCAACAUCUCCGAGUGCAAAUAUAGCAUUUCUUAGAUA